AUGGCAUUCUAUUAUGAACACCCCAAGGCAGAAAUCCCCCAUGGAUUUAGUGAGCGACGAAAACUUUACGUUCUUCAUCAUGUGAUGAACUUUGGCUUUGGGCUGGCAAAAUUUCUGGAAAAAGUAGGAAUUGCCUCAGAGAUCGAGGUCCUCAGGACGUUAAUGGAAGGAAUACCACCACUGAAAGAUAAACAGCUUUUUAUCAAGGACUUAAUAUUUGAAAAGGUUGAAGUAAGACUGUAUCAGCCAACAAUAUCAACCACUGGACAAAGAAGAGGAAUCCUUUACUUUCAUGGAGGAAUUGGACUGUUUGGAAGCAUUAAGGCCUAUGAAAAAACAUGUCGCUACCUUGCUGCAAAGAGCAAUUCAGUGGUUGUGUCUGUUGGGUACCGCCUAGCUCCUGAGCAUCCUUUUCCAACCCAGUUUGAGGAUUGUCUCAGUGCCACCAUCCACUUCAUGAGGACUGCACAACAUUAUGGGGUAGACCCUUCCCGCAUUAUCAUCUGUGGAGACAGCAGUGGAGGCACACUCACAGCUGCUGUUGCCCAAGCACUGGUGCACAGAAGAGAUCUCCCAAAGCUGAGAGCACAAAUCCUAAUAUAUCCUUUCCUCCAGGGCAUGGACUUUAAUUUGCCCUCUUACCAGCAGAACAAGGGAGUCCCCAUUUUGUUAAAGGAACGAUCCUUCAGUCUUUUGUUUAGGUAUCUCAAUAAAGACGUGGCACUCAUAAAAGAGGUAUGUAAAUGCACUCAUGUUCCACAAGAUUUGCAGCUGAAGUAUCAGAAAUGGGUGAAUACUGACUACAUCCCUUGUGAGUUUAAAACAAGAGGCUACAAACCAAGUCCAGCACAUUCAUUCUCACAAGAAAUCUACACGCAGUGCAAACCUUUCUUAGACACUGUUUUUUCACCACUGCUAGCUGAAGACAGUGUUAUUGCUGGACUUCCCGAGACUUUCAUCUUGACCUGUGAGUUUGAUGUGCUCAGAGAUGAUGGACUGCUGUACAAGAAACGCCUAGAGGACCAUGGCAUAAAAGUGACCUGGUGCCAUCUGCAAGAGGGAUUCCAUGGAACAGUAUUCAUCACCCUUUGGGCUGAGGUGGCAGCAUUCCAAUCUGGUGCAAAAGGCAUGGAAAAGAUAAUAAAUUUUCUAAGUCUGAUGUAA